UCCAAUGCUAUGCAAUUACAUCCCCAUAACACAAUAACAUCCUCAUCACUAUGCAUCUUUCUCUACACACUCUUUUACCCUCCAACACCAUGUUCCCAGCUGCUAGAACCAUAGCUCUACACUCUUCAUCUCUAUGCUCAGUCUCAUCUGAUAAACCAUCAUCACCUCCUUCAACCAAUUUAACUCCCAAACCCAAAAGUCUCCUUCAAAACCAUCCACUUUACACACCAACUAAUGAAAAACUCUCACUUCAAUUCAAAGAAAAAAUUCUCUGUCUUGAAGUUAUGGGCAUUGAUUCAGGUAAAGCACUCUCUCAAAACCCUAACCUUCAUACAGCUACCUUAGAAUCCAUUCAUUCCAUUAUCACAUUUCUUGUCUCUAAAGGUAUCCAACAUAAAGACCUUCCAAGAAUCUUUGGCAUGUGUCCUAAGAUUCUCACAUCAAGUAUCAAAACUGAUCUUAACCCAGUUUUUGAUUUUCUCAUACAUGAUCUUAAAGUGCCUGAUCAUAGCUUUAGAAAAGUUAUCAAAAAGUGUCCAAGAUUGCUUACUUCUAGUGUGGUGGAUCAGCUUAAACCAGCUUUGUUUUAUCUUAACAGAUUAGGAUUAAGAGAUUUAGAAGCAUUGGCUUAUCAAGAUUGUGUUCUUUUGGUUUCCAAUGUUGAAAGGACAAUUAUUCCUAAACUUAAGCAUUUGGAGAGUCUGGGAUUUACUAAAGAAGAGGCUAGGUGUAUGGUGUUGAGGUGUCCUGCAUUGUUGACUUUUAGUAUUGAGAAUAAUUUUCAGCCUAAGUUUGAGUAUUUUUCUGUGGAAAUGAAGGGGAAAUUGGAGGAGUUGAAAGAGUUUCCUCAGUAUUUCUCUUUUAGUUUGGAAAAUAGGAUAAAGGUUAGACACAUGGAGGUUGUGGAAAGUGGGAUCAAUUUGCCUUUGUCAUUGAUGCUUAAAAGUACUGAUGAUGAAUUUAGGGAGUUGAUAAAGAAGGGGGCUGGAUGAUUAUUGUAUUAUUAGGAGCAUUAUUUUAUGUGUAAUAUAUAUGUGAAUGGAUACUUUCCUAAGGAAGUAAAGAAAAUUCGAGAAAAUGUUUAUAUUCUAUGUAUUUAUUUUCCACUUUCUUUGUACUGACUCCUUCAAGUGACAUAAAUGUUUUGUUUACUAUUUUGAUGAUGCAUAUGGGAAGCAAAUAAAGAUGAAAUGUAAAUUUAGGAGGAACAA